AUGAGUGGAGUAAUAUGGUAUUUUAUCUGCCUAAUAUGUGGAGUUCUUGGAGCAAGUACCAACGACUGGGAGGGCUCUGGAACAACAGAUAGCACCAUAGAAACGGAUUCUACUACUACUACUUCAACUUCUUCCGGAGUGGAAAAUGGUCUGAUAACCGGCAACUUAAGUCUCUGCGGGAAUGUGGCGGAUAAUGUGUUUCUACCCUUUGUUGGUGACUGCAAUAGUUACUACCUCUGUCGCUCUGGUGAAGCCAUAGAACUGCAAUGCGAGUUUCCCUACGAGUUUAAUGCGAAUACCCAGAGCUGUGUGAAUCCCGGCGAGGCUGAUUGUUUGCCCACCUGCGAGGCCUUCCAUUUCAGCACCUUCAGUUACCAGAGAACCUGUACGAGGUACGUGCUGUGCUACUACGGCAAACCUGUUCUACGGCAGUGCCAGGAUGGCCUUCAGUACAACUCUGCAACAGAUCGCUGUGAUUUCCCCCAAAAUGUGGAUUGCGUGGAGUCCGAGUGCUCCAUCUACUCCAAUGCGUAUCAUCUGCGCUAUGUGCCCAGCAAGGUAUCCUGCGAUAAGUACUUCCUCUGCGGCAACGGAAUUCCCAGGGAGCAAACCUGUACCGCUGGCCUCCACUUCAGCACUAAGUGCGAUUGCUGCGAUAUUCCAUCGAAAUCGGACUGCCAGAUCCAAGCUGAGCAAAGAAAAGUGCGGCAGCACCUGGUUCUUUCACCUCGCACUACUACAGGAAUCUGCCCCCCAUCCGGUGUCCAUUUCUAUGUCCACGAGUCUCGACAGGAUGCCUAUUACUACUGCGUGGAGGGUCAUGGCUUGGUUCUGGAUUGUUCCCCGGGUCUUUGGUACGAUCCCAAGGUUCAGGAGUGCCGCGAACCCCAUAAUGUGGGGUUGUAACUCUACCCCACUUUGUCAACGAUUUUUCUUUUAUUAAAUUUUUUGUGAUUUUUGAUGAUGAAUUUUGAAUAUUGGCGGAAAAUCGAUUUUCUG